UGAACAUGUUGCCUUUGGGUAUUGGUACACGUGCGCCAAUGGGCGGCGUUGAAGAUUGAUGUCCAUGUUUAUCUAUUUUACACGAAGUGCUUGUGUUGCCGAGCACCGACAGGGUUCUGCCUGAUUUAGUAUGGAUGUACGGAGUACGGAGUACGGAGCUCUUCGCAUGCACGAGUAUAUUGAAAUGCGGGGAGGAGAGACAAGAGUCAAAACAUGCAUUGUCACAUGUCAAGAUGGAUGGAUGCUCGAGUCGCCGCGUUCCGUGUCCCGUGGCUCCGUCUAGAUUUGAGUUUCAUGAAAUGCGGCACGGCCAGCUUCUGACUCGCCUCUUGGUUCCUGGCCCGAAACACGCCUUAUCCCUUAGGCUGGGCGAUGAAGCGAGGAAGAAAAGAAAAUGCCAUGGCGAAAGACGAGAGGGCCAAUGGGAGGAGAGGGAAUGUCACCCCGGGCGGCAACUUAAACUUCUCCCCCUCUCGUAUCUCGUACAUAUACCAGUCUUUGUAUGUAUUAGUAGGUAUAUACGAGUAUUAGUAGUACUCGUAGUAGUAGUAAGGGUGUAACAGAAGGGAGGGGGGAUGAGGAAGCGUGGUGAUUUGACGAUGCUGGGGAAAAUGGGGUGGGAUAGA